UUUAUACCAUCAUUAAUGUUCAGAUACUUGCUGUUGGCAUUUGUCAGUAGGUUAACUGAGUGCUCAGCAGCUUCGACUAAAUAUUAUAAAUUCGAUUCGGUUUAGCUGUGUUUAUCAUUCUGUAUUGUUUAUGUAAAGAUGGAGCUUGAUGAUCAAGCUGUGAAAAACUUUAAGCAAUAUUUGAGGAUAAAAUCUGUUCAACCUGAUUGCGAUUACGGUGGCUGCACUGAAUUCUUAAAGAGUUACGCCAAUAGUUUAGGACUACCGGUGACAGUUCACGAGGUCGCUAUCAAGAAGCCAGUGGUCGUUGUUAGUUGGGUCGGCAGCCACCCUGGACUGCGCAGUGUGCUUCUCAGUUCUCACAUGGAUGUGGUACCGGUUUAUCCAGAACAUUGGAGUCGUGAUCCAUUCGGAGCAGAAGAGGAUGACGAAGGUAACAUCCACGCGAGGGGGGCACAAGACAUGAAGUGUGUGGGGAUUCAAUACCUGGAGGCAGUGCGACGUUUGAUCAUGAGAGGGCUCAAACCGAAGAGAUCUAUCCAUAUUUGCUUCACUCCUGAUGAGGAAAUCGGGUCAGAGGAAGGCAUGAAAAUCUUUGUAGAGACAGAAUUUUUCAAAAAACUAAAUGUCGGCUGUAUGAUGGACGAAGGAAUUGCAAGCGAUGAUGAAAGUUUCUAUUUGUUUUACGGUGAGAGAACACCGUACAGUUUGGAGAUCACCUGCACCGGUGACAAGGGAUAUACUUAUGAGCUGAACGAAAACACAGCUGCGGAAAAGCUAUCUUAUGUGAUUGAAAAGUUCAUGGAUAAAAGGGCGGAGGAGUAUUUGAAGUUGAAGAGUGACCCAAAUUUAACUAUGGGUGAUGUGACCACCAUAAAUCUGACGGUACUCUCUGGUGGGAAUGAUUCAAACACCCUUCCUCAGGAGUUAAAGGUGGUGUUUGAUUGUAGGCUAAGUGUGAAUGAAGACAACGAGAUAUUCGAGCAAUGGAUUGAGAGUGUUUGCAGGGAGGCAGGUAAAGGGGUGAGUAUAAAGUACAAUUACACAAAUGACAAAAUUGCACCAACAAAACUAAAUGAAGAUAACCCGUGGUGGGUUGCCCUGCGGACUCAGUUUGAUGCGAUGGGUUUGGAAGUGUGUCCUGUAAUUUGUCCUGGAGCAACAGAUGCCAGGUACAUUAGAAAUAUUGGAAUUCCUGCUUUUGGCUUUUCUCCGAUGAACAACACAGCAAUCAAAAUCCAUGAAAAUGAUGAAUAUUUGAACAAGCAAGUAUUUUUGAGAGGUAUAGAAAUAUAUUGCAGAUUAAUACCUGCACUCGCUAGUAUUUAAUUGUCUUGUACCGUUAAUAAGUAUUUAUUUAUAUAAAUCUCAAGUAGGUUAGGAUUUUUUUAUUACUUCAAAGAGAAUUUUUUGUAGUGGUCUAAUAAUUUCCAUGUUUUAAUCGAAUACUACAUUUAAUCAAACAAAUAACGCCUUUAAAAUGUUCUUAUAUAUUAGUGUUCUUAUAAAAUAGCUUAUUAACUGAAGAGUUAAUAAGCUAUUUUAAAAUUAUAUACUUUAACUAAAUUUACUCAUUUGACUAACUGAUAUGUAAAAUAAGCCCAAGAAUUCUGUAAAAACAAUCCGUUGCCUUAGUUUACAACCAUGGGACAUGUUUCUUGAAUAGAAAUGUAUUUAUGAUGAUUGACAGAUAUUUGUCUCUCAAUAAAUACAUAGAAUAUUAACUUUAAUUAAAUUAGUUCCUAAAUUCCUAAUUUAGUUAUAAAAAUUCCUAAAUUAGUUCUCUUCAUACAACUCAAGUGAAAUAUAUUUUCUUAAACGUCUUUUUUCAAAAACUUAUUUACAAAAUCCCUUUAUUAUAUACACUCUUAAUAAUGAAUGCAUAUUACUUAAAUUCAACAAAUGAUUGUAUGGUUCUAAACAUCCUAAUGAGCUGAAUUUAUAAACACCUUUACAUCUACCCAUAGAUGAUUUUGACUAUUUAUAAACUGUUUUCACAGUUAUGAGAGGCAGUUUUUGUAAUUUUGGAAUAGUAAUAGAACAUGUAAAAAAAUAUUUCACAAUAAAACAACCUUACUAAAAUCUUUUUCAGCGGGUAAAAAUAACUCAACAAUUUAUGACAAAUUUGCCAGAAAUUGUGGUUUUGAACUUCAAAAUAAAUGUCACCUCUUAGUGUAAUCUGUUUUGUAUAAAAUAAAUGAUAAACUUCUUUUACAUA